CAACGUUUACUUUCUCAACACAUUCGCUCACAUUCAUUCGUUUGACUUGCUCGACGCAAUCACAUUCUUUUUUGAAACUUUUCAAUCAAUCAAUUCAAUUCAACUCUCACUUCUUCAACUCACCACCGGUGCUCACCACCAAACAUUAUCAAAAUGAAGUUCACCAUCGCCGCCGCAGUCUUGGCCCUCGUUGCCCCCAUCGCUGCCUCCCCAGCUGAGGUCAGCUCUGCCAGCUUCUUCGAGCACUUCCAGAAGCGUGCUUCUUUCCCCGUUCCUGCUUCCAAGGGAAGCGUCACCUAUAAGAAGGUCCAGCCUGUCAAGGGUGUCUUCGAUGGUGGCAUGAAGACCUACGGCCGUGGUGUCAAGUGCACUGGCCAGAAGGAGGGUGGCGACGCUGACGCUGUCUUCCUCCUCGAGGACGGUGCCACUCUCAAGAACGCCAUCAUUGGAAAGGACCAGAUCGAGGGUGUCCACUGCAAGGGCAGCUGCACCAUCCAGAACGUCUGGUGGGUUGAUGUCUGCGAAGAUGCUCUCUCUCUUAAGGGUGACGGUAACGCCAGCGUCAUCGGUGGUGGCGCCCAGUCCGCCGAGGACAAGGUCAUCCAGCACAACGGAAAGGGAACGGUCACCAUUGACGGCUUCACCGUCAUGGACUUCGGCAAGCUCUACCGCGCCUGCGGUAACUGCAAGAACAGCGUUGCCCGCCAGGUCGUCAUCAAGAACGUCAAGGCCUUCAACGGCAAGGUCCUUGCUGGCAUCAACCCCAACUUCGGCGACAAGGCUACCAUCAGCGGAACCUGCGCCUCCAGCGUCAAGACCAUCUGCGAGGAGUUCAAGGGUACCAAGCCCGGCUCCGAGCCCAAGUCUGUCUCCAAGGGGCCCUCUAACAACUGCAAGUACACCGCCUCCCAGAUCAAGACUUGCUAGAUGGAUAUCUCUCCGCGUACGACUUAUGAAAGUGAUCGUACGCCGUCAGAGGGAGAAAGGUCGAAGGGCCUUCAGGGGACUAUUUGAGUUAGUGAGAAGUUUGUGACGAGUUUUAUUGUUCUUGUACAUAUCUAUUAUUCUGUCAUGGAGACAUAAAAUCCGCACAUGCAGUGCAUGUAAAUACAUCAUGACUGAGC